AUGUUCAGGUCAUGUAUGGCUCGGUCACAGCGAUCCAUUAGAAUACAAAAUGCAUUAAAACCAAAUAUUUUGUCUGUGACACCGGUUUUUCUCAAGCAAAAUACAACUAUUCGUUUCAAUUCCACCAAGUCCAGUGAAAUCGCUGAUAAAGUAUCUGAAAUUAAGAAUGAAUUAACAUCAUUCGAUCACGAUGUAAACCCUACUGGAUAUAUCAGUGAUAUGACUUCAGAUCAAUUAGGUUAUUUAGACUCUAUUGGAUUAGCACAAGGGUAUGGCCCAACUGCGCUUAUUGAACGUUUAUUAGAAUAUUCGCAUGUUUAUACUGGCUUACCAUGGUGGGCCACUAUUAUAUUGACAACUGCAGCAGUUAGAUCUGUUAUGUUCCCAUUAUACGUGAAAGCCUCUAUUAACGGGGCUAAGAUGGCUAAAAUCAAGCCUGAAUUGGAUCAAGUUAUGAAGGAGUUGAGAGAAGCAGAAAAUCCACAGGAACAAGUCCAAGCUGCUCACAAAAGAAAGGCUUUAAUGAAGGAUAAUGAUGUGCAUAUGUCACACCAGAUGUUUCCUGUGUUUCAAUUACCAAUUGCUUAUGGGUUCUUCCAGGGUUUAAGAAAGAUGGCUAAUCACCCAGUUGAAGGUUUUUCCACUCAAGGUAAUGCCUGGUUCGAAGAUUUAACCCAAGUUGAUCCUUACUGUGGAUUACAAAUUAUAUCUGCAGCUGUAGUUAUAAGUAUGGUAAGAUUAGGGGGUGAAACAGGUGCAGCUGCUAUGAAUCCAAUGAUGAAGAAGGUUAUGACUUAUGUCCCAAUUCUUUCUAUAUUCAUUACUAAAGAACUUUCAGCAGCAGUUGUAUUAUAUUUUGCCGCCAAUGCUAUCUUCUCGUUUAUCCAAGCUUUGGUGUUGAGAAAUAAAUACUUCCGUAAGUUUGCAAAAAUGCCACCAAUAGUGCCUCCAUCAUCAAUUCCUGGCGCUAAACAACCCCCAGCAACGGUCAGUGAAUGGUGGAAAGAGUUCAAUCAAAAUAUGAACCAAAACGUCGGAAAGAAAAUGAAGGAGUCUAAUACAAAAUUAGGUGCAAUCCAUAAGAGAAAGAAUGAAGUUAGUAAUGGAUUUAUUAAGAAACAUUAA